AUCUUCUUUUGUGUCCACAUUACACAAAUCCCAUCUUUCAAAUUUUGCAGUUUUUUCUCUUAUUUUUCCAUUUAAAUCCUCUGUUUUUGUCUCUGCAGACUUUAAAUCUCAGCUCUGCUGCAUUUGGGUUGCUGCCAAUUCUCUCAAAGGUUGUAGAUGAAGUGAUAAUUUCAUUUAUUUUUCUAGGAAUUUUGAUGGGGUAAAGCAGAAAUGACAGCUUUUUGGUAGACCAUAUUGCUUGUAUGGGUAGAUUAUUUCAGAUUUUUGAUUUUAAUCAGGGAACCAUGGCUAGGAAAAUUCCUGCGUGUAAGCGGCAUGUGGAUGCAGGAUUAGAAGCUCCUCGUAAUAGCUUGGAACUGCAAGUCGAAACUUAUCAGAGCUGCUACGCUGCAGGAAAUGAAGUGGUUGAGGAGGAUUGGUCCGGAAAGAAGUGUAUUCCAAUUGAGGCUUCGAUGAAGAGACUGAUUCAUGAAGAAAUGUCAAAACAAUCUAACAUUAGGAGAAAUGCUCCAAGUAUUGUUGCCAGGCUGAUGGGUGUAGAUAUGUUACCGUUAGAUACAAAACCGGUGGUGCAGGCUGUUGAUAAAAGUAAUCGAAGCACAGCUACUAAGUUGGGAAAACCGAGGCCUCGAGAACAUCCCCAAGAAGAGGAGUUACAGAAGUUCAAGAAGGAUUUUGAAGCUUGGCAAGCUGCCAGGUUUAAGGAAUGUUCAAAGGUUGCUGAACCUGAUCACUUUGCACGUGAGAAUUUUAGCACGCGAAAAUUGGCACAAAGUGAAAAUUUUGGAAUGUCGUCAACGGAAAAGCAUAGAGAAAGAGCUAGUUUACGCCAUAGUCGACAUAAAGUGGAAGUAUUCCCAAUUGGAGAUAAGGAAUCAUUUUCUUCAAGGAAGAAAAACAUGCAUGAGCACUCCUUGAUAAGCUAUGAUCAUCAACUGGAUAAAACUUCUGCUCCAACAAAGAUUGUAAUCUUGAAGCCCGGUCCUGAUAGAUUUUAUGAUUACGAAGACUCUUGUACUAGUUCCUCCUGUACUUUAGAGGAUCGAGGUAGUAUAGCGGAUUUUCUUGAGGAGGUGAAGGAACGGUUGAAAUGUGAAUUGCAAGGAAAAACUAUUAAAAGAGGUUCUGUAGUAGUCAGAGGAAGUGGAAUUGAGACUCCGUAUAGCGAAAAGCCAUCACAUCCUAAACAAAUUGCUCAACAUAUAGCAAAACAUGUCAGAGAAAGUGUCACACAGGACCUCGGAAUGAAUCUGCUUCGAUCAGAAUCAACACGAUCAUAUAGAAGUGAAAUUCAAUAUAAUGGCCUAGAUUCUGCUGAGUUCAUGAACAAAGAUACUAGGAAAUACUUGUCGGAGAGAUUAAGGAACGUUGUCGAUAGAGAAACUCACUCUUUAUGUGUUCCUUUAGUUGCAAGUGGCAGACUAGAUGAUCAAGAAAUGCAAACCAGAUCAUUUAGGCAUGGAGACGAUAACGAAUUGCUUCAUAGAGAUAUGUCUCCUAGGAAUCUAGUGAGGUCUUUAUCAGCUCCUGUAUCAGGAACUUCAUUCGGAAAGCUGCUUCUCGAGGAUCGACAUGUUUUAACUGGUGCACAUAUCAGGAGGAAACAUGAAGCUCUUGGUGACAUGACAAUGGAGUUGAAAAAGCGAAAAAAAGAAAGAUUCAAUAUCAAAGAAAAAGUUUCCAAUUUCAAGGGAAGGCUUUUCAGAAGGAAGCUCCAUUCUUCCCAUGGCUCUGAACAGGAUUUUGUUAAGGAUAUCAUGAGUGGGCCAACAGUCGUCAGGAACUUCGGCGACAGAUACACAAUAAUGGAGAACUCGACUGAGGUACCACCAAGCCCGGUAUCUGUCUGCAGCAGUGUGCAAGAAGAGUUGUGGAGGCCAGUGGAUUAUCUCAGCCCUGUCUCAACAUCCGAUGUCACUCCGCUAGAUGACACUGCCAUGCCGCAGGUUUUUAAAGAGAUCAGUUCUAAUCUUAAUGAGUUGCGGAGACAGCUAAACCAACUAGAAUCCAACGAGCUUGACAGCUCAAAAAUCGGACUAGAGCCUUCUAAUGAGUGCAUAAUGUUUGAGUUGGGCGAUAAAGUAGAAGCUUAUAUAAGAGAUUUGCUUGUUACUUCUGGUUUAUAUGAUGGUUCACGCGAUACAAUCUUGUCGAGAUGGGAUCCACUCGCGAAGCCUAUCAGCGAAGAGGCAUUCAACAAAGUUGAAAAAUCUUGCACAAAAUUAUCUAAGGAUGAUAAUCAAACUAGUACGAAGGAUCACAAACUGUUGUAUGACUUGUUGAAUGAAGCACUUUCUAUUGUCCUCGGACCCCCUGUGACCAUGUCGAGAUUCAGAAGAAAAGUCAUCAGUUUUUCAACAACUCCACCAUUACGCGGAACGAAGUUACUUGAUAGUGUAUGGGAGAUCAUCAGGGCGUUUUUGUAUCCUCCGGAAGACGAUAAAUCGUAUUACUCGCUGGAUAAUUUGGUGGAAAAGAAUCUAGGAUCCACUCCUUGGUCUGGCUUGGUAGAUGAUGAGCUAAAUGUUUUGGCAAAAGAGAUGGAAUUUCGGAUAAUGGGAGACCUAAUUGAAGAAAUUGUAAAUGAUAUGCAUCUAUAGUUGUGUCUGUUCUGCUAUGAUCAUCAGUUCAUCUGUUAGAAAAGUGUUGGUGAGUGAGACAGUACAUAAUCAAUGAGGCAAAAGUAUAGAAAAUUAAAUGAUUUAAUUAUAGGUGAGUUCUAAAUUAGCAGAUUGCAUGUGUUUGUGUAUAUAUUUGUUCUUUGUGGGUGACUGAUACAGAAGCUGAGUUCAUGUAUCUAUUGUUAAUUUUCGUUUUUGAAAAUGAAAUGGUCUGACAAUUAAGUUUCAUUCUUUA